AUGCCAAAUCUACAGGCAAGUCUCGGCCGACAUCGACGACCCAUCCACGAGCCGGAUGUUAACAGGCGACACUGCAGCGCCCUCUUCAGGAAGAACUACACCAUGCUGGCGGCUGUCUUUGGCGCCGGCUUCGCCUUCGAGAUGGGCUUCAACUCCAGUAUGAACAGGGUCUGGGACAACUUGAACCGAGGCCGUCAAUGGAAGGACAUCCGAAGCAAAUACGUCGAGAAUGCCGAGGAAGACGACGAGUAA